AUGACUACUAUCAAAGGUCCUGGGGCUGCCCAGAGCCUUGACGGCUCUGGGUUGCGAAUUGCAAUUGUCCAUGCGAGAUGGAACACCGCAAUCAUCGACUCCCUUGUUUCCGGAGCUAAGAAGAGCUUGCUGGCAGCCGGCGUGACCGAGGAGAACAUCACUGUCCAGACGGUCCCCGGUAGCUACGAGCUGCCUAUCGGCGUGCAGCGGCUUUACGCCGCCUCUCAGGUCCAAGCGAGCUCGUCCGGCGAAGGCAUCAGUGCCACCGACCUCUUGUCAUCCUCGACCACCGAUCUUAAGUCUACGUCUCAAUCUACUAGCCCUAAAAAGCCCUUUGAUGCCAUCAUUGCUAUCGGUGUGCUGAUCAAGGGUGCCACGAUGCACUUUGAAUACAUUGCCGAUGCCGUCAGCCAUGGGCUGAUGCGGGUUCAGCUGGAUACGGGCGUGCCGGUGAUCUUUGGACUGUUGACCGUUUUGACCGAGGAACAAGGUCUGGAGCGGGCCGGACUUGGCAACAGUGGGAUGCACAACCACGGUGAGGAUUGGGGAAGCGCUGCAGUGGAGUUGGGUGUGAAGCGGCGAGAGUGGUCGGAAGGGACGAUUGUGUAG